GAACAAUUGGAGUCGACGGGGUUUCCCUUUUCCCGUCGCAAUUUCGUCUUUUCGUUGCUCCCCGCUGUAGAUCUCACAUGUCAACAUGGCUCCCAUUCGCAAAUCAACAAUGACGAAAACUGCCUCGGGCAGAGGCGCGAUAGCCAAACCCAGUGUCUUUGGUGACGAAUUUCGCACGAGCAAGAGGGAUAAACGUCAGAUCAAGCAUGCUGCCCUCGUGUCUAAGAUCGAGAAAAAUUCUCAAAAGACUCCCAAGCGUCGACGUGCAUCAAAAAAACUUGUCGCCAACCUCGAAUCUUUGGCCGAUGCCUUGCCCGAGGCUGAAGAAUCCAAUGAUGCCGCCAGUCAAGUGAAUGUGAUCAAGCAGAAGACCCUGAGACACAAGCCAGGUGCCCUGAAGCGCCGGGAAAAACUCGAGAGAUUGGAGCGAGACCGUUUCAACAAGAACCUGACCGAGAUGUCCAACAUCACAUCAGCCCCAGCUGUUAACAAUGGCGAGGCGAGCACCGAGUCGAACCCGACGGCCGGUCGGUGGUCGGCCCUCCGUAACUUCAUCUCACAGACGAUGGAACAGCAGCCUGUGUUCAAGGCGAAUAAAUAAGAGUGGCCAGGAUGAAAAUAAAAAUAUCUCGGUCAAUGACCGAGCUACCACUGUGGUUGCUGCUAGCCGUGAAUAUUUGUUUAACAAGUGAACUCCGGCAAUGGCGUGAAAAAAUGCAUCCAAAGAACUCUUCUAAGUUGAGUUAGGCGAAUACACCGGAGUGUACUGCGCUCAACCAAAACACGAUCGAAUCAGCUUCUAUUGGAUCUGAACGGUGAAAUCUACACCCGGUUCCAAGCAGCUCUUGCGGUUCAAAUCUUCCUGUAUUCCUGGGGAAUACAACGCCUUCCGGGGCCACGGAUGCCAUCGAACUGCCCUCGACAUUAGAGACCAAUAACCAAAUACCCAUCAUUGUCAUGAAAGAGCUGCUUCUAUUUUCCUAUUUUUCACUCUUUCCACACGUAGGAAUCAGAACUGAAUUUGCAACAGCUCAAAUAUUGAAAGCUAGCUUUCUAGCCAGCUUAUCUUCUCAAGCACAAUUCCGCAUCAUCCAAAUCUUCGCUGCUCAACCCUUCCGGGAGAUGGAAAUUCCCCUCGGAUCCCAUACCUGCUUGGAAAUGUAGAGAUGAGGAUUGUUGUCUUCUCGGAAUGAUUGUUGAAGACCAGACUCCUGCACAUUUGCUUUAUUGAGAUAAGCGCCCAUCUUGUCGCCCUUCACGGAUCGAAUCAGAUGGAUCUGACAACUGUGGCAUUAUUGUUGACGGCAUACCGCCGUGCAACCCUGUGUUGCAUGAGUGGUUCAACUUCGUGCAAUCGCCAGAUCGGUAAUGGUUUCUCUUCACGCUGGGUUGACAGCACUGUCGAUUUUGUUGGUGUGACUGCUCCAUUUGCCACUAUGUGGCUGCGAAAUGUACACCCGUCUUUGAGGCUACUGGAGGAUUACACUAGAAGUUACUAUGUGCAGUUUGCUCAACGGGCGUGCCGUAAUCGGUCACCGAAUAUUCGACACGGGACUUCUUGUGUUUGGGUGUUAUUUCCCAAUCUUACUAUGGAGAAUUAUGGAUCUACGUAGUUGCGCUGUAUUUGAGUGUUGCCAUGACUUGGGGUUUGGCCUUCAGCAGGUACGACCUGCAAGAACAUUGGGACAUAGAUAUUUUAGGCCUCGAGCACCAAAUAUAGCCCUCGCUUUACUUUGAGUGCAU